GUUGCCUGCAGUAGUGAGGUUGCCUGCAGUAGUGAGGUUGCCUGCAGUAGUGAGGUUGCCUGCAGGCAGCCGUGCUGCCCGCAACAGUAAUUGUGAAGAUGUGAAAUGGGUGUCCCGCCCAGUCUGGGUUAUUCCACCCACAACACCCUCCAGCCAAAUAUUGUUCAUACCGUUCCCUCACACGGCUUACGUGCGGCCAACAGUAACAGCGUGGUUGAUCAUGCCCUGAUCCACCAUGAGGCCUGGUCACAGACCGGGCCGAGGGGGCGUUGACCCCUGACACUCUCUCCAGAUUGCAGUUACACGUGUCACGAGCAGUGUCAGGAUCUGGUAACGUUAGACUGCAAGACAGAACUCACUCCAGAAUCUAACACUUGCCAGGAGGACCUCUAUAUUGAGAGUGUUGAGGAACCUGAAGUUAAUGACAGUGGGACCCAAGAUGAAGAAGAAGAAGAAGUGGAGGAAGAGGAGGAGGAGGAAGAAGAAGAAGAGGAAGAUGAUAAUGAAGACAUAGAAGAAGAGAUGAAAGAUUGUCAAGAAGAACAAGAAGAAAAGCAUGAAGAGGAAGCACAGGAAAAAGAAAUGAAAGAAGAGAUAUUUAAGAAGUGUGAGGAAGUAUCGACUUUGAGGAAGACGGUAAACAGAUUACAAAGUCACUUAGUAGAUAAUGAAACAUUAGAGGCUUGGGUGGAGAGAUACAAUGCUACAGCUCAGGGAUUGCAGAUAUCAAAGGAAGAUGACGGCAGUUUCCGGGGUUGUGUCCGUGUUCAUCUUAACCUUAGCCGUCCUAUCAAUAUUGUGGCCGGAACAAGACCCCCUUCAAUAUACGACAUCCUUCAGGAAGACAGAACAAUGGAAAAAACUUUAACAUCAUUCUAUAUGCCCCGAGAUGCAGUGAAAGCUAUUCACAUCACAAGCAAUACAACCACAAGAGAAGUCAUUAUUGCAUUACUGAGAAAAUUCAAAGUUGUUGACAACCCACAAAAGUUUGCUCUGUAUGAGAGAACAUAUGACACUGCACAGUCUGUAAAAGCUAAACUUCGACGAUUGGGUGACAAUGAGUGUCCCCUUGUUUUGGCUCUAAACUGGAGUGCAGGUGGACUAACCAACAAGAGGCUUGUUUUACAAGAAAAUGAUACAGCAGAUAUACAGUGGGAAGCUUUUAGUUUACCAGAACUAAGUAAUUUUCUUCGUAUCUUGGAUAGAGAAGAAGAAGAAUACCGAUGUCAGAUUCAAGAUAAAUAUGCUUUACUUCGCAGAAGAAUUGGUAAUAUAUUGUUUCAGUCUCAACAGAAAACAAAGGAGUAAGAUUGUUAUGCGUUAUGUAUUUUAAUGUGAUAAGAUUAUCACUUUCACAGGAAAAUGUGAUGAAAGUUAAUACACCGGUACGUAUUCAUAAGACAAUGUAGUAAAAUCAUUGCACAGGUAGUAUAUGAGCUAAAAUUUGAAUCAUGAUAAUUCGUUGAAAUGCCGAGAUUUAAACCUGUGAUCUGGUCCUCAGAUUAAAGGUAUAUGAUGAAAUCUAUCAAUGAGCUCUUAAAAGGCAUACCAUUUUCACUGGUGAAGUCUAAUUAUUACCAUUUUAUUUUAAAAAUAUCCGUUGUUAAUGGCAGUUCUCUUGACUUUGACAUCUCUCUCUUUUAACACUUAACACUUCUUUCUCAUUCACACAGGUUCUUUAAAUUGUGACAGAACUUACCAGCCAAACACACUUAACCCCUAAACGGUCCAAACGUAUAUAUACGUUCUUAUGCAUAGCGCCCCAAACAUAUAUAUACAUUUUAAUUUUCCUGCCUCCAAAUUUGGCACGAUUGACCUGAGAUGCCUGGUCAGCAUAGAAUUGGUCUUAACACUAGGUGUGUGCAGUAUUAAAAAAAUCUGGGACCACUUAGUACCUUGUGGGAGCGCCAGCUAGAGCAAACACCAAGGAUUCACUGAUGUAAUGUCCUAUUAACACUCCUCUUUUAAGAGGAAAGUCAUGUUAACCCCAAGUUUAGGGUCUAACGAUCUCUGUCUCACAGGUACACAUAGUAUAAAUUACCUAGGAUAACCAAAAAAUCCAGACAAAGUGCUAUACUCUGCUUGAAGAUGUGAGUAAACGUGAUGAUGCAGUCUUGUGGCUCUCUGAGACAGAGUGCUAGAUGGAUAAACAGGGAGCUUGACAGACAGAAAUGUUUGUGUACCAGCAAAAACAAAGCGAGGUGGAUGGUCAUGUAAUCUUUUCUUAUCAGCUGCACCCUCCCCUACCCUCGUGUAUGUUCAUCAAACGUCAGGUGUUAUCUCCCCUUAUCAUGUCACUGUCAAGAGUGGACUUUGUUUUUCAUGCUUCAAGGGAACUUAUUAUUAUUCUCCUCCUCCUCAUUAUUAUUAUAUACUUCCACAUAUCUAAAACAUUGCUGGGACCUAUAAAUACUUUGUUUAUAUUCCAAGACAAUAGUAAAUGACCAAGGCAGGUGUAAAUGUCCACGUGACAAUUUGAGUACCUAAUACUAGUGUCAGAACAAAGAUUGGUUAUGAAAUGACAAGAACUACUAUAAAUUGUAAUUAUCAGAACAUAAAAAGAAAAAUAGAAAAAAAGGUAUAUCGGCAACACUUCUGCGAGCAGCAGGACUCCAUGUUGCCGUCACAUGAGCAUCCAGUGCCAACUUCUCUGCCUCAUAUCUCUAAGUACUGACCCUAAUUUUUUUUUAUUCUAAAACACGUGCUCUUUUUUUUCUAUGAAAAACAAAAGGAUUUUUUUUUUUUUUUUCAAAAUAUUGGGGGCGCUGCUCAAGUGAACGUAUAUAUACGUUUGGACCAUGUAAGGGUUAAAAUACUUCAGUUACAUUUAUUUUACACAUCUACUUCUAUUUUGGCUAAUCUCUCUAAGUUUUUAUCAAACUAAUAAUAGUAUACUAAUUAAAAAUUAUUUUAAUUAUCAUCAUCAGUUUGUUAAAUAAUGAAUAACAACAUGAUAUAUUGGUCUACAUCUAAGAGACUAAGUUUAGCAUUUUAACAAUACAUAUUUUUUUUUUUUUAAGUAAACAAUAAUUGAUUCAUUUAAGAGUUUGACUUACACAACUGUUUUGGAAAGCCUGUUAUACCUAGGUAAAUAAUUUUUACAUUUCAUCUUGGUAACCAGUUUAACAAUAAUUUAUAGUUAUCUAGUCAACAUUUUAGAACUGGAGCAUAAUUUUUAAUAUAAAAUAUUGAUUUUCUUCUCAUUAAAAUCAUUUGCAUUGAAAAAUAAUAAAAUUAUUGUUAUACAGCCUCACCUCACUUAACGGUGGAGUUCCACUCCUAAGACCACGUCUUUCAACGAAUUCGUCACUAAUUGAGGAGCAUACUAUAACGGUAGUGGGUUUGUGUCAACCAUCUUUGAUAAUGUUACCUUUGCACCAUUCAUAACAUUUCUGGUAUAUUUUUAAAUGUUUAUACAGCAGUGUACGAUAUAUUGUAAUAAACAGAAUAGGGGAAAUCGGCUCUAAUAUACAUUAACGUAUUUAGGUAUGCAUACUGGUCAGAAAGCCCAUUUUAAGUCUGAGUCGUCGGUAAACGAGUACGUCCCUAAGUGAGGAGAGGCUGUAUUCAUAUAAAAAAGUGUUAGGCCCGUAUAAGUAUAGACAAUCUCAGUUAGUGUAAAAGUAAUUAAUGCUAGUUCCCCUCCUCCCAAAUUCUUCAAAUUGUGUGCAGAAAAUUGCAUAUAAUUCAAACAGUGCGAAUUUGAAUAAUGUGACCACUUCAGAGAUUCAUUAUUUGCACUAAUCAAGACCUAGCUGUACAGUAAUAAUUAUUCCUCUCCUCUUUCCAUCAGUAUGUGACCUGCAGUCAUAAGUUUAUAUACCCAAAGUUUUCACUUGAAUAUGAGUCUCCAUGUAGUGCACUGGAAAUUUUUCAAGUAACAGCCCAAAAAAAAUAGUAUAUACUGUAUAUUAAAAAUGUUUUUUUUCUUUCUCAGCAGGGUAAUACCAAUAAGAAAAAUCUUAGAAACUAAUAAAACAAUAAUUUUGUCUUUUCGACAAACCGGCCAUAUCUCACCACGGCAGGGUGGCCCAAAAAGAAAAACAAAAGUUUUUCUUUUUAAAUUUAGUACACCUACCAUCCGACUUACGACCGUGUUUUUUAUGCCAAAUUUCUGAGGAAUAAACAACUAUUUGUGUUGUACACAGUGUUUAUCCUAAACCUUACAGUAUAAAAUACAGUACUAACAACAUAAAAAGUAAAGUAAAACAUGAAAUACCAAAAUAAAGUCAUUACAAAAAUGUUUUGUUGAUAUUCAGCAGUCAAGUUCGACUUAUGACCGGUUUCUCGGAACCGAACUCGGUCGUAAGUCGGAUGGUAGGUGUAAUUUGUAGAGGAGAAGGGGUCACUAGCCCCCCCCCCCUUUCCCAGCAUUUUAGUUGCCUCCUACAACACGCAUGGCCUACAGAGGAAGAAUUCUGUUCCACUUCCCCAUGGAGAUAAGAGGAAAUAAACAAGAACAAGAAAGAAAAUCCAGAGGGGUGUGUAUAUAUAUGCGUAGUGUGACCUAAGUGUAAGAAGAAGUAGCAAGAUGUACCUGAAAUCUUGCAUGUUUAUGAGACAGAAAAAAGACACCAGCAAUCCUACCAUCAUGUAAAACAAUUACAGGUUUCCAUUUUACACUCGGCAGUUGCUGUCUACUACCUACAUAAAACAAUAAUAUAUACUUUAAAUACUGACCAAACUGUGAAAAUAAAGUUAGGUAAGAUAUACUUUUAAUGUAGAAUUAAAGAAGUGACAACUAUGUAAUUCUUACAAAAAAAGUCAAAAUUAAUCACAUUUAUAUAAAUAUCAAGCUGUACGACCGAUACGGGUUUAACGCUUAUUUUGGAAUAUAAUAAUUACAUCUCGCUCUAGCUACCUCAUAAAUUCAUGUGUUGGGGAUCAUGAAAAUAUUAUGAAGUACAUCCAUCUUCAACAAAUUAUGUAUAUCUUACACUAUCUUUAACAGUCAUUAGGGUGCUUCAUGUACUGCUGAACCCUAUGAAAUUUCUGUAUACAGAUAUUAAUCAUAAAAUUAAAUUACAUUAUAUUUAUGGAAAGUUCAUAAUUAUAACAAGAAUACAUUUCAAGGUUAUUUGAAUGCUAUAUAUAUUUUGAAAACCUUGAUUUCUCUUGUGAAAGUACCCACCUCUCCUUAAACAAAGAUAUUCUCAGUGUACAGUGGAACCUUGGUUUUUGUAUGCAAAACUAGUUAUUCUCUAUAAAAUGUAUUGUUUGUUAAUAUUUUGGGGGCACUAAAUUAUUAUGUUCAUCCUGCAUGAAGCAUUUAAACCCUUGUGGGACAUUUAGUGCAAUGAGUGGUGGAGGCUUGAGCCUCCAUCCACCAACUGUGAGAAACUUGCUACUUGCCUAAUUAUAUGUAAAGUUGGAGGAAACAUAGUACACCUGUAAAAUUGACAUAAGAAAAGAAUCAUUAAAACAAAUUGUUAAGUAUUAAAUAAGAUAAUGCCAAGUGCUUAUAUUUAGAAUUACAGCAGUUGAAGAGAAGCCAACAAAAUCAACAGGGUUUUCGUGUGAUACCUUUGCCUAUUAUUAUUACCAAUUUAAGCAUUAAACCCAAGAUACUUGUGUAGAGGCUUAAUUUGUUUCUGAUAUUAGUACAGUAGAUACACUUGAGACCAUGGAAGAUGUAUGUACCCUUGGUUUAUGGUAACUAUACAUUUACUUUGUUUUCAGUUUUAUUUUGAAAAACGAAAAAUUUAAAUAAUUAUAUCUUUCUGAUAAUGUCAUUACAAAAUAUUCUUAGGAUAUGAGGUAGUUUAAGAAUUUACAUAACCACUUAAAAUCUAAUGUAUAAAUUAUCAUUAAUAAUGUACCUGUUGCAGCGAACAUUAAUGUUAUUUAAAAAACAUUCUUGUAUGGAAAUGGGCCAUAGUUGAAAUGCAGCCAUUCACUCUAUUUUUAUAAGCAUUUAAUUCUAAC